AUGGGCCCGGCGCUGCUCGGGCGGCUGCGGCGGCUCCUCCCCGCGGCCCCGCGGCCCGGCUGCGCCCCGCCGCCGUCCCGGGCCGCGCAGACGGGCGGUGCUGGAGCCCCGCGGUCGCGCCGCGAUCUCUACGAGGUGCUGGGUGUCCCGUCCACGGCGACCGCGGCGCAGAUCAAGACGGCGUACUACGAGAAGUCCUUCCGCUACCACCCCGACCGCAACGCCGGCAGCGCGGCCGCGGCCGCCCGCUUCGCCGCCGUCAGCGAGGCGUACCGGGUGUUGGGCAGCGCCGCGCUCCGCCGCAAGUACGACCGCGGGCUGCUGAGCGCCGAGGAGCUGCGCGACGCGCCCCGGCCCUCGGGCCGCCCUGCCGCCGCCGCCUCGCCGCCGUCCCGCGCCUCCCCCGCCCGCCCGGGGCCCGUCCCGACACCCUUCGACUUCGACGCCUUCUACCGCGCGCACUACGGGGAGCAGCUGCAGCGGGAGCAGCUGCUGCGGGCGCGGCGGGAGCAGCUGCGCCUCCGGCGGGAGGAGUCCGCGGCACAGGGACGCCUUCGGGCCCUCUCCGAUCUCUCCAUCGGGCUGCUCUUCUUCCUGGGGGUUGCUCUCAUCUACGGCCUCAAGUGACAGCGGGGCGGUGCUGGGGCUGGGCAGCCCCCGGGGUGUCCCCCCAGCUGCACAGUGUCACCGGGGGCCUGGCAGCGGGCUGGGCGUGUGCCCUGCACCGGCCUGGAUCCGCUGUUGGGGCUGUGACAUUGCACCCUGCCAGUGUGACCUUCAGGCACGGGAAAUGGCCAGCAGGCUUGACGGGCUGAGAGCUGGCCCCUGUGGCAGCGUGACCUUCAGACACACAGUGCCCCUGGCUGGCACAGGAUGUGCCCUCUGGGUGCCCUCGGGGGCACAGCCUGGGCCAGGCCACUCAGGGUGACCUUGCAGGGGGGGUGCAGGAGCUCUGCAGGCUCUUGCUCUGCCCCUCAGCCAACAGCACCUGCACAGGCCUGGCAAGUGAACACAGUUCUGGACUCUGGACUGGGACGUGUCCCCUCCUUGGCACAGCUGUGUGGCCGUGCUGUGCCCUGGUGCCUGCAGAGGUUAAAGGCUGUCAGAGGUGCUGUGUGUGCUCAGCUGUGCCUCUAGUUGCUGCUGCUGCCAGGCCUGUGCUGUCACACCUGCUGGUACCACCUCUCCUGGGAGCUCCUGAUGUCCCAGCUGCAUCACCCUGCUCAGAGUGGCAGUACAGGAGUCUUAGAUCAGACCUGAAACCUGAGCCCGUGGCCUGCUCAGUGUGUGACAUUGUCUGAGCUGUGUGGCAGCACUUUGGUGUCUGCAGCCCUCUGUCCUGCCAGGAGCUUUACACCACCCCUCCCUCUGAGGGUUUGGCUGUGGUGCACCUGUGAGCACCCAGUGCUGUUCUCUGUGUCUUACAUGUGUCUGAGCAUCAUUUGCACAAGAGAUUUGCCUAUUUAAAUGCUGAAGUGUUUUAAGAACUAAAGAUUGUGUUUCUCAGAGCCUUUUCUCUCUCCUUGGGUGGAGGUUCACCUGUGCUAUGCUGCUGCUGCCUGGAGGGAGAGAAGCCUCCUGGCCAUGGCCUGAGUGUGCCAAGGACUGUGUGGGACACUGGGUUUGCUGUCAGUGGGGUGAGCAGCAGCCCAACCCUUGUUCCCUCAUCUCCCAGACCCUGGGUUGUGUUUUGUCCCAGCACAAGAAUGUUACAGUGAAUGCCCUGUGUUUGCACUGUGGAUUUCUGUGAUCCUGCUCAGAGCUGGGCAGUGGUGCAGCAGGGACACUGUGCCUGCUGCUUGUGCAGGAUUGCUCCCUGCCUGCUCUCACAAGCUUGUGCCACCUCCAGCUGCUCACUAGAGGCUGCUGCGUGCUUGGACUGAGCUCAGCCCAGGGGCAGUGAGCUUUCCAGGAUCCUCACUGGGUGCCAGUCUGUCCCUUCAGCCGGGAUCACAGCUCUGGGAUGUCACAGUGGGACACACACAGGAGCCUGGCGUGCCCUGCUGCAGAGGGGAGCUCUGAAGCUGUGGCUCUGGCACCUGCUGAUGCACUGUCAUGGUCAUCUUCAUUCUGUAAAGCAAAUCACUGAGAAGAUCAGAGGUAGUUUUUGGGCAGAAUUUGGCAGGAGGCAUUACUUUCCAGGCUGGAAAAGCCAGCAGUGUCCGUGGCACUAGGGAGCUCUUCUCUGGCUCCCACCCAAACGGGUUUGGCAGUCCCUGCUGCUGGCUCUUCCUCUUCCUCCUCAAGUCUCCAUGAUAUACCUUGAAGAUUAAAGACAUCCAGCCAUAAA